CGCUGGCAUUUCACAGAUGGAACGAGCGAGUUCACCAGUAUGACAUACGCAGCGAUCGAGCGCCAGCGUUCAUGUGAAUAAAACCACCGGCCAUGUUGCAUUUAAUCAUAAGGAACGGUUUUAGUGAAUGAAAUAAGUUUUCAGCAUUAGUUGUGUUUUAAAUGUGUUAAAAAGGAUUUUUAGUGAUUUAAAUUGUGUGCAGUGAUAUUUUUACCACACAUAAUGAAUUGGGGAACCGAAUUAUGGGAUCAGUACGACAAUCUAUCGGCACACACGCUCAAGGGCAUCGACUUUCUGGAACGUUAUGGACACUUCUUGCGGGACAGAUGUGCCAUCGAGAACGAAUACGCUGGAAAACUAAGGAGGUUGGUGAAAAAUUACCAGCCGAAAAAGAAAGAUGAUGAAGACUACAAUUUUAGCUCAUGGCGGGCAUUUAAAUUGAUGCUAAAUGAAGUUAGCGAUCUUGCUGGACAGAGGGAGGUUGUUGCCGAGAAUCUUAUGUCACAAGUCGUUCAUGAAAUUACACUAAUUACAAAGGAAUUACGAGAAGACAGAAAAAGGCAUUUAUUAGAUGGUCAAAAGAUGACCCAAACAUUAUUAACACAAUUAUCAGCACUAGACAGAGCACGAAAAGGUUAUGAAAAAUCUUUCAGAGAAUCAGAACGAGCAUUGGAAAACUUCCAAAAAGCAGAUGCUGAUUAUAAUCUCAGUCGAGCCGAGGUAGAAAAGCAAAAAAACAAUAUGACCACAAAAGCACAUCAGUGCGAAGAUUCAAAAACAGAAUACGCUAAUCAGCUACAAAAAACAAACGAAUUGCAGAGGACACAUUUCACCACGUCGCUUCCUGAAGUUUUCAAUAGACUUCAAGAGUUAGACGAGAAAAGAGUUCGUGGGGUUCGGGAAUUUUUAAGAAACGCUGCACAAGCUGAAAUGACAGUUGCACCCAUUAUAGAUAAAUGUCUACAAGGGAUCUGCAAUGCCGCAGAUAGGAUUAACGAAAAAGAAGAUUCAGCAUUAGUGAUAGAAAGGUAUAAAUCCGGCUUCACUCCUCCUGGGGAUUUUCCAUUCGAAGAUUUAUCAAAACAGAAUGGCAGCGGAGUCGGUGGCAAUCAAAUCAACAAUCAAACCCUUGCCUCCACGAAUCCUAUAAACCCACAUCCAAGCUUAAACCACCACACCGUGCAUCAUACUGUAAAAGGGACGUUGGGAGCCAAUAAACUCAAGAAAAGGGUUGGAUUGUUUGGUAUCUUUAGCAGUAAUAAGAAGUUUCUUGACGCCUGCCUUACUGUCAAGAACUCUUUAAACGUUGAUGGUAAUAAGGAGGACUUCAGUGAUCUUCCGCCAAAUCAACAAAGAAAACGACUAGGGGCUCGAGUGCAAGAAUUGCAACAGCGAGUGGCACAAGAGACAAAUUCUAGAGACGGACUUAUGAAAAUGAAAAGCGUCUACGAAGCCAAUCCUGCUUUAGGAGACCCUAUGACCGUAGAAGGUCAAUUAAAUGAAUCUGAACAUAAAUUAGAAAAAUUAAGGAUAGAAUUGAAAAAAUAUGAAGGAUUUUUAGAGGCUGCUCUUAAUCAACAACAGGGCAGUAGUCCGCAGGCUUUAAGAGCGAAUGGUGUUAAAAAUUAUAGAAACUCAAAUGGAAGUGGGGAUGCAGAUGAAGGAAGCUUAUCACGAUCUGCAAGCGAUAGUAGUGUUGCAGGUGGCCAAAAUGCAAAUAAUGCUUUGGCGACAAAUGCGAAUAAUAAUCAUGGCAGCUCAGCAAGCCCUGAAUCUGGCUUAGGGGCAUCUCACAGUUCAUUACCAGGACCUACAUCUGUAGAAGUUGAUGUUGUUGAUACAAUAAAUAAUGAUGAAACCUACUAUGAAGCAGAUACGUUGCAACCGCUUGGUUCUUGCCGUGCUCUUUAUCCGUUCGAAGCGACGAGCGAUGGCUCAAUACCAAUGGAAGAAGGCGAAGAACUACAAGUGAUGGAAUUAGAUCAGGGUGACGGCUGGACACGUGUGAGACGGUUAGGAGGGCCCAAUGGUUGGGAGGAGGGAUUUGUACCAACGAGUUACAUCGAAAGUACAUUAUUUGCAUAACCAAAUGCCUAAACUUGGAUCGUGCGGGCAUGAGGGGUCGUGGCAAUGUUGUAACUGAUCUAUGGUGCUUGAAGCUUUGUGAUGUCUUGUUGCAAGUAAAUAUUUCCGGGCUAAGAAUAUGAUGUUGUUAUAUAAAAAUAACAAAUGCAGAGAAAUAUAUAUUUAGCAUUGCGUGGAAUAUAAACUCCUAUAAAAAGUAUUUAAUUGUGAAAUCUGAAUCAUGUGAAUGGAAAUUUUUAGUAUUAAAUUUAUUCUCUAAAUAUUUUACA